AUGGCCAACGCACAUUCGGGGCCCUCUGAGGACUUCGAAUUCAUUGAAACUCCGGCCGCUCCUUCGCCGCAGCCUCCGGCAGUGAACUGCGGUGUCCGCACCACUUCGUAUCCCACCAUCAAGAAUGCCCCUCUCCCCGCCGAUGGCCCAGGCGGUGACUCUUUCAACAAUUAUCUGCUUAUUGGCUUGCUGAUAGCUGUCCCCGCUUGGCUCGCUCGACGGGUCCAUGGGGGGUUGUACACGACCCUCUUCUUUGCCGUCUUCACGUCGGCCCCCAUUCUCAUGGCCUUCUGGGCCGUGGCGUCUAGAAUUUCUCCUCGAGUCAAUGAAAAGGCCAAACUUCCGGGGCGCCCGGUCGAGCAUUACCUACACUUCCGCAGCGAGGAGGAUCGCACGAAAUAUCAUGGCAAGCACCGCAUACCUAUGGAGACGUUCCACGAGAUGUACUUUGAUGAGAAGGUGGACUUCAAGGGCGAUUGUCUCGAGGUUAUGGAGUACCGGCACGAUUGGGCCAGCUUCGCGUUCACCACGAGUUUGUUCCGGUAUUUCUUCGUUGGCAUGAUCCCGGAACUCCUGAUGCACACGCGCUCCCAGGAUGAGGAACAAGUGCGAGAUCACUACGAUCGCGGAGAUGACUUUUAUGGCUGGUUCCUGGGUCCGCGCAUGGUAUAUACCUCGGGAAUCAUUUCCGAUGUCAAUCGUGAGGAGUCACUCGAGCAGCUUCAAGACAACAAACUUGCAGUGGUCUGUGAGAAGAUUGGUCUUGAGCCUGGCGACACCAUGUUGGACCUUGGCUGUGGGUGGGGUACUUUGGCCAAGUACGCCUCCGUCAACUACGGUGCUCAUGUCACUGGAAUCACACUUGGUCGCAACCAGACGACCUGGGGGAAUAACGGUCUCCGCAAAGCAGGGAUCAGCGAGGAGCAAAGCAAGAUCUUGUGCAUGGAUUACCGUGACGUUGUCGUCCCCAAGGGUGGUUACAAGAAGAUCACCUGUCUGGAAAUGGCCGAACAUGUGGGCGUUCGGAAGUUCGGCUCCUUUUUGUCCCAGGUCUACAAUAUGCUCGAUGAUGACGGUGUGUUCUUCCUGCAAAUUGCCGGGUUCCGCAAGUACUGGCAAUACGAAGACUUGAUCUGGGGUCUGUUCAUGAACAAAUAUAUCUUCCCUGGCGCGGACGCCUCUAUGCCGCUGGGUUUCGUCAUCGACAAAUUGGAAGGGGCAGGUUUCGAAGUCAAGGGGCUCGAUACAGUGGGCGUGCACUACUCAGCCACGUUGUGGAGAUGGUAUCGCAACUGGAUCGCUAAUUCGGACAAAGUCAAGGCCAAAUAUGGUAUGAGAUGGUAUCGGAUCUGGGAAUAUUUCCUCGCGUCGGCCGUCAUUACCUCGCGUCAAGGUGGCGCGACUUGCUUUCAAAUCACGUUGGUGAAGAACAUCAAUAGCACACACCGCAUUGAAGGUGUGGAGACACAGUUUGGCCUGCAUGGUGCGUUGAAGGCGGGAAAGGCUCGAUUGGAGGCGAACCAGGUCGGCCAGGUCGACAUGAAUGGGAAUGCCACUAAGCACGUUGUCCGGGAUUGA